AUGGACAUUGAUAAUGAUAUUCAUCAAGAGAAUCAUUUCCGAUUUCUUCCAUGAAUCCACAACCUCCUCCUUCUUCCUCCGAUCAGCCGCCCAAUUAUCCGGGCACUCACGUCAUGGGAACACCUAUGCCGCCUUCCAACCCCUACGUUCAAUAUGGCGCUCCUCCACCUCCACCUCCACCUCCCAACAACAACCACAACCUGGAUAAUGUUCGUAAGAAGCUUAAUACAUGGGGCAACAAGGCAGAGACCACCGCUACAAACAUCUGGACCAAUCUGAAAACGGGUCCAUCUGUGACUGGAUCGGCAUGGGGGAAAAUGAAUUUGACGGCAAAAGCAUUAACCGAAGGUGGAUUCGAAUCUCUAUACCGGCAGAACUUCACGGUUUACCCCAACGAGAAACUGAACAGGACUUUUGCCUGUUACUUGUCUACAUCCACCGGACCUGUCGCCGGAACCCUGUACCUCUCCAAUAUUCAUGUCGCCUUCUGUAGCGAUCGUCCCUUGUCUUCCAUCCAACCCAACGGCAUGGAGUCUUGGAUCUAUUACAAAGUCAUCGUCCCAUUGGAGAAGAUAGCCACGGUGAACCCAGUUACGGUGACAGGUAAAAAACAAAUAGACAAAUAUAUUCAGAUCUCCACAAUUGAUUCUCAAGAUUUCUGGUUCAUGGGUUUUGUCAACCACGAGAAAGCGUCAAAACAUCUCCUCAACGGUGUCUCCACCGCCCCACGAUUUCCUUAACACGUUUCUUCUUUUGUUCCAUUAAUUAAGCUAUGCGGCUUUUGUUUUGUUUAUGGAUAUUAUUAGUAAUCAAGUUUCAUCUUUCUUCUUCC